ACUUUUUGCUAACCUAAACUUUAAAUUUAAAACUCCGUUAGUUUAUUGCUUAUCUUUUCACAAUUUUAGGUCAUUUAUUGCAUUUCAACUAAUUAAAUUUGAAGAAAAUGCAGGCUUUGACACUCUGAUCAUGCUUUUUAAAAGAAACAAAAUAUACUACUGGUGACAUUCUUUAGUUUUCCAGUUAGAUUAUUGCUGGCUUAUGCUUGAUUUUUACUUGUUAAUUUUUUUAGAUUUGGAGCAUGGUGUAAACAUGGCAGUUAUCGUAAGAAUUAUUUAAUUUUUUGGGGUCUGUCAUGUCAGUUUUUUAGUAUUGCUCAAAUUAACAAGGUCACGUUUGUAGGAGUGCUUGGGUAAAACAGGUCAAGAUGUAUCGCUCACCUGUCAGUAUGGAAAUAAUAUAAUGCAGAAUAAGAUUUUAUGUUGGCAGAAACAACCUAAGGAUUUUGUACCCGAUCUUAAGAUUGACUCGACGAGUGUUUAGCUUUGUAAGACUUACUAUUUUUUUAAAUGUCUGAUUUUCAUUAGGUGGCUGUUACAUCUGCAAAAAGACAUGAUUUCACUAUGUGUGUGAUUUUUUCAGGGAUUCACAAGUAAAGCAACACAACUUCUGUCUCCUAAUUUAAGUUUCUUCUGUUGUUGCCCCAGACUAUAUAAAGCGAUACAGUUCUGGAGACCCCACAGAGAAAUUAAAGAGCCUUUUAGAGUAGAUUCCAAGAAUUAACACAAGCAGACAAGCCAAAGACCUCUUAAGGAUCAGGCCUCAAGAAAAGAGAAAGGGAAAGUUUGAAAAUAAAGAGAAUUUAAAGCUUGAAGAGACAAAGAGGAAAAUGAAACCAAAAUGGGAGCCAAGGCUUCAAAUUGUCUGCAAAAGAGAAAAAAAGAUUAUCAGUCAAGCCGCAAACCAAGUUCUUCUGGAAAGCGUUUUAAAGAGUUAAAGGUCAAGAUGAAGUUGAAAGUCAAGCAUGUUUAAGGUAACAAGCCUAAUUUUCAUAUUUGAAGAUGUUCGGGAUGCAGAAGAUGCACUUCAUAACUUGGACAGGAAGUGGGUCUGUGGUCGUCAAAUUGAGAUCCAGUUUGCACAAGGUGAUAGAAAGACUCCUGGUCAAAUGAAGUCAAAAGAAAGACGAUCACCUCGUAAUUUUACUCGCUAUAAUGACUACGACAGAGAUAAUAGACGCAGAAGGUCUCGUAGUAGAAGCUAUGAACGGAGACGGUCAAGGAGCCACUCUUUAGAAAGGCGACCAAGGAGGUCUGACAAUUUCAGAAGAUCACGCAGUAGGUCCUAUGGGAAGCGCAGGAGAAGCAGAAGUCAUGAAAAUGAAAGGUACAGGCGUCGCAAUCCCUCAUUCAGCAAAUCAAAGUCUAGGUCUAAAUCUAAUUCUCGAUCAAGAUCAAAACCCAACAAGGAUUCCAAAGCCAGGUCAAGGUCCAAGUCUGUGUCACCACCAAUGGAGGAUUUCCGUGUAUCAUCAAAAUCACGAUCACGGUCUAAAUCUCUCAAAGGUUCCAGAAUGCGGUCUCCAUCAGGAUCACGGUCGAGAUCUCAGUCAAGAUCUCGUUCCAGGUCACGGUCAUGGGCUGGGCGUAAAUCGGGUGGUCAUUAGCUUUGUCUUUUGAGUAUUGUCAGGUGCAUGAGUGUUUUUGUUUUUCAUUUUCCCUGAAACAGCCUUGAGAUGGAGCAUUUAGGUGUCUGUGAUUUGAUUUCCAAUGUGUUUUUUUUUUUUUUAAAUCAAUGUUAAACUCUUGCCAUAUGCUGGUGAAGUAUUAAACUAACAUUUAUAUUUUGAGACUUAUCUUGUGCUUUGUCUUCAGAUAUCCAGUACCAAUGUAAUAUAGAACGUUUACAAACAAGGUUCAAUAUUUUGGGUUUGUUAAAUUUAUAUUAUCCUUGUCUUGUAGCUUGAGUAUCAGUCCUAUUUGCUUUGCUGAUAAUCACCUGAGCAAUUUUGUGUAUGUUUUUUUUUUUUUUUAUUCCUCAUAAAAACUAUAAACAAGUGUCUUCCAGUGAAAUAUACAGACAACAUUUGUGGUCACAAGUUAUGAAUUUUUUUUCUCCUUUUUUUUUUUACUUGAUAUUUUGUAAAUAGAUCUGGAGUGGUGGUACAUUGUUUUCUUUAUUUUAAUAAAUUUGUAUGCUUUUCUUUAAAUAAAACGUGUAGCAGACAGUUACUACUUUCUCCUUUGUAAACUUGCACAGCAGAGGUCACUAAGGAAAUUAUGUAUUUUUAAAAA